UUCCUCCCCACCCUCACCUCCAAAAAGACCAGUAAGGCUUUCAUACUGGUAGUUAAUUAUUAAUACCAGGAUUUAUAAAUACAGUAGAUGGAAUGGGAGGCUUGUGUUUAUUGGUCACUGUUUAUAUUCUUGCAAACUUCCUUUCCACUGAGAAGUAGUACUCUGCAGUCCUUCUAAAGUGUUUUUGCAGCUUUCAAAUACUAGAACUGCUCUGGUAAUAAUGGCAAGGCUGUGAACCCGGAGCUUUCCCAAAAAAGUUAGCUCUAACUAACAUUUUGUGGUACACACAGAAUUAUUUCUGUUCCCCUUGUAUGAUGACUUGCCCUGAAGCCAAGAGAGCUGACACACACCAGAGGCAGGAAAAGGCGAUAAUGAUUUAGAGGGAACUCAAGUCAGAGCAUUAGCGAUAGUCUCUGUUUUGCCUUACUCAUUUAAUUUGCCCUUUAAAGUAACUCCUUUCCCCCAUCUCAUUCAUUCAUGCUCUUUUCUCAGAAGUGAGGUAUUUAGAUAAUCGAAACCCCACACAAGACCUCAACAGCAAAUACAGCUGAAAUGUAAUUAUUAUUUCAAUUAAAAAGGGAAUAAUACUUGUAGUGCCCUGUUAACAGUAUUCUCUCAUUUUAACUGGUUUUGCUGCAUUUAAAUUAAGUGCUGCUCUUCAGCUUUUGUGUACAGCUGUAAGUGCACACUGGAAUUUAUAUAUAUAUAUAUAUGGAGAGAAAAUGACUGCUGGUUCAGUGUGUGUCCCUCAGAUCAUACCACUACGAGUGCCUCAGCCUGGAAAAGCUAACCAUGAAAUUGAUAACAAUACGCUUUUGGAAAUGAAAUCAGACACUCCAGAUGUCAACAUAUAUUAUACUCUGGAUGGCAGCAAACCUGAAUUUCUAAAGAGAAUUGGUUAUGGGGAAAAUAACACAUUUAAGUAUAUAAAACCUAUUACUCUGCCUGAUGGAAAAAUACAAGUUAAAGCUAUUGCUGUCUCUAAAGACUGCAGACAGAGUGGCAUUGUGACAAAGGUGUUUCAGGUAGACUAUGGACCACCAAAUAUAGUCUCUCUUGAAGACAAUGUUGAAAAUGUUCUCAAAGAUUCUUCAAGGCAGGAAUUCAAAAAUGGAUUUGUUGGAUCAAAACUAAAGAAGAAAUAUAAGAACUCUGAAAAUCAACGCAGCUGGAAUGUUAACCUUAGAAAGUUUCCAGACCUCCAGGUAGGUGAAAGAACUGACCCUAAAACUUUGAAAGAUCUUCGCUUUUCAGAGAGUCCACUGGAAAUCUCAGCUCACGGUGGAGGAUCAGGUUCUAGACCACCCACCUGCCAGUCCCAGUCCCCCGGUUUUGCCCAUGUAAGUGGCCAGAAGUGUUUGACAAGCACGGAGACAAUGAGAAUUCAAAGGGAGACAGACUUUCUCAAGUGUGCCCACUGCCUUGCCCCCCGGCCAUCAGAUCCCUUUGCUCGCUUCUGUCAAGAAUGUGGCUCUCCUGUCCCACCCAUAUUUGGCUGUCGUCUCCCACCCCCAGAAGGAGCUCAGAUGGGCUUGUGUGCAGAAUGCAAAAGCUUGGUACCCAUGAACACUCCCAUCUGCGUGGUAUGUGAGGCCCCUCUUGCUCUACAGCUGCAGCCACAGGCAAGCCUCCACUUGAAGGAGAAGGUAAUUUGCCGGGCCUGUGGUACAGGAAAUCCUGCUCACCUGAGAUACUGUGUCACCUGUGAGGGAGCCCUGCCUUCAUCACAAGAGUCGAUGUGCAGUGGGGAUAAAGCCCCUCCUCCACCCACUCAGAAAGGGGGGACCAUUUCCUGCUCCAGAUGUGGUUGCUGGAAUCUCUGGGAGGCGUCCUUCUGCGGCUGGUGUGGAGCCAUGCUUGGCAUUCCUGCUGGCUGCUCUGUUUGCCCUAAAUGUGGGGCCAGCAAUCACCUGUCUGCCCGAUUCUGUGGCUCCUGUGGUAUUUGUGUGAAGUCCCUGGCGAAACUUAGCUUGGACAGAAGGCUGGCUUUAGCUGCUGAGGAACCUCACCCUUUUUCUGAGUCCCUGAAUAUUCCUUUGCCCAGAUCUGAUGCUGGGACUAAGAGGGACAUAGGAACACAGACUGUUGGCCUGUUCUACCCAUCCAGCAAGCUGCUAGCAAAAAAGGAACUGGAAAUAGCCUCUCAAAAGCAGAGGCAGGAGAAAAUGAGUGACCAUAAACCCCUCCUCACAGCCAUCAGCCCAGGAAGAGGGUACUGGAGAAGACAGCUGGAUCACAUCUCUGCUCACCUCAGGUGUUAUGCUCAGAACAACCCUGAAUUCCGGGCCUUGAUUGCAGAACCCAGGAUGGGAAAGCUUAUCUCUGCUACUGUCCACGAAGAUGGUUGUGAAGUUAGCAUCAGACUGAAUUAUAGUCAAGUCUCAAACAAGAACCUUUACCUGAACAAGGCAGUGAAUUUCAGCGAUCACCUUCUGAGCAGUGCUGCCGAGGGUGAUGGGGGACUGUGCGGCAGCAGGUCCAGCUGGGUGAGUGACUACAGCCAGAGUACCUCAGAUACUAUUGAAAAAAUCAAAAGGAUAAGGAAUUUCAAGGCCAAAAGUUUUCAAGAAAAGAAGGAGCAGCUUAUACCUGAAAACAGACUCCUGCUGAAGGAAGUCGGACCCACGGGGGAAGGGAGAGUCUCUGUGAUCGAACAGCUGCUAGAUGAGGGAGCAGACCCCAACUGCUGUGAUGAAGACAAUCGGCCUGUCAUAACCGUGGCUGUUAGGAAUAAGCACCAUGAAGCGAUUCCGGUUCUCGUGCAGAGAGGAGCAGACAUUGACCAGCAGUGGGGGCCGCUCAGAAAUACAGCUCUUCAUGAAGCAACUCUGCUUGGCCUUGCAGGAAGAGAGAGCAUCGCCACUUUACUGGGAUGCAAUGCAAGCAUCCGAAAGAAGAAUGCAGGAGGCCAGACAGCGUACGACCUGGCUCUGAACACUGGAGAUGACCUCGUCACCUCACUCUUUGCUGCCAAGUUUGGCCAAGGGCUCGAGGACCAACUCGCUCAAACUAGGAGCCUCCGUCUGGAUGACUGUUAGACCUGAGGCCUCCACGGAACUUCAUUUAAGAAUAUGUGCAGUGGCUGGCACAGUGGCUUACGCCUGUAAUCCCAGCGCUUUGGGAGGCUGAGGCUGGCGGAUCACCUGAGGUCGAGAGUUCAAGACCAGCUUGACCAACAUGGAGAAACCCCGUCUCUACUAAAAAUACGAAAUUAGUCAGGCAUGGUGGCACAUGUCUGUAAUCCCAGCUACUCGGGAGGCUGAGGCAGGAGAAUUGCUUGAACCCGGGAGGCGGAGGUUGCGGUGAGCCGAGACUGCACCACUGCACUCCAGCCUGGGUGAGAGUGAGACUCUGUUGCCCAGGCUGGAGAAUCGCUUGAACCCCAGGAAAUGGAGGUUGCAGUGAGCCAAGAUUGUGCCAUUGCACUCCAGCCUGGGCAACAAGAGCAAAACUCCGUCUCAAAAAAAAAAAAAAAAAAAAGAAUAUGUGCAGCUCUGGCUAUUCUUUAAUCAUGUCUUUCUGAAAUGUGUAUUUGAGAUUAGAAAUUGAGGUUGAGAGGAACUCAGGAGAAUUUUUUUUUUUUAAAUCAUAUGACAGUAUAAGCCAUCAGUACUAAAUGGACAGCUCCCAGUAUACUGUGGACUGUGAUAAACUGAAUGUAUGUUUUUUAAUGGUUUAUUGCUGCAGGUUUUUUGUGUAUUUGAUUUUUAGUUUUUAACUUAUUUUUCAAUAGGUAAUAAUUGCACAUGGUUCAAAGCUAAAAGGUAUGAAGUAUUACGUAGGGAUGUGUCCCUCCCAUCCUGUCCCACAGCCACCGCCUCUCUCCUCAGCCACCAAUGACAUCAGCGUCGACUUGCCUUUCCCGGGGUUGUGCAGAGUUUGAUAUGCACAUACAUGUGGUAUAAGCACAUGCACAUAAGAGUACACAUAGAAUAUAAACGUGUCUGUAGCACAUAUAUAUUCUUUCCCCUCUUUUAAAACAAAUGGUAGCAAACCAACCACACACUGUUCUGUAUCUUGCUCUGUUUGCUUGAUACAUCUUGUAGGUGGCUCCUAAUUAGUAUGUAAAGAUUGACCUUAUUUAAAUUUCUUUAUGUUGAAAUCAUCGAUAUUCCCAUCAUUAUGGUUUGUUCUUUGAUUGACAAAUCAGCUCUCAAUAAACCACUUACAAGAAUGUGUAA